AGCCAAAAACCUUCCCUCUUACCCGGGGCCGAACAAGAUGAGGGACUGCUUCUGCACUGUGAACCUGGACCAGGAGGAGGUUUUUAGGACCAAAAUUGUGGAAAAGUCACUCUGCCCCUUUUAUGGAGAAGACUUUUACUGUGAAAUUCCCCGGAGUUUUCGUCACCUGUCAUUUUACAUUUUCGAUAGAGAUGUUUUCCGGAGGGAUUCCAUCAUAGGGAAAGUGGCCAUUCAGAAGGAGGACCUGCACAAGUACCACAACCGGGACACUUGGUUCCAGCUACAGCAUGUGGACGCAGACUCGGAGGUGCAGGGCAAGGUCCACCUGGAGCUGCGGCUGAGUGAGGUCAUCACAGACACCGGUGUCAUCUGCCACAAGCUCGCCGCACGCAUCCUCGAGUGCCAAGGCCUCCCCAUCGUCAAUGGUCAGUGUGACCCUUAUGCCACAGUGACGCUGGCGGGACCCUUCAGAUCGGAAGCGAAGAAGACGAAAGUGAAAAAGAGGACCAACAACCCCCAGUUUGACGAAGUGUUCUACUUUGAGGUGACCAGACCCUGCAGCUACAGCAAAAAGUCCCACUUCGACUUUGAGGAGGAAGACGUGGACAAACUGGAAAUUAGAGUUGACCUCUGGAAUGCCAGCAACUUGAAGUUUGGAGAUGAGUUCCUGGGAGAACUACGGAUUCCGCUGAAAGUACUGCGGCAGUCCAGCUCCUAUGAGGCAUGGUACUUCCUGCAGCCCCGAGACAACGGUGGCAAGAGUCUGAAGCCAGAUGACCUGGGGUCCCUGAGACUGAAUGUGGUCUACACGGAAGACCAUGUCUUCUCCUCCGACUAUUACCGCCCUCUACAGGACCUACUGCUGAAGUCUACAGACGUGGAGCCCGUGUCGGCAUCAGCAGCCCACAUCCUGGGCGAGGUGUGCAGGGAGAAGCAGGAGGCGGCCAUCCCGCUGGUGCGACUCUUCCUGCACUGUGGCCGCGUUGUGCCCUUCAUCAGUGCCAUCGCCAGCGCCGAGGUGAAGCGGACGCAGGACCCCAACACCAUUUUCCGAGGAAACUCGCUGACGUCCAAGUGCAUUGAUGAGACCAUGAAGCUGGCAGGCAUGCACUACCUGCACGUCACCCUGAAGCCCACCAUAGAGGAGAUAUGCCAAAGCCACAAAUCUUGUGAAAUUGACCCUGUGAAGUUAAAAGAUGGUGAAAACCUUGAAAACAACAUGGAGAACCUGCGGCAGUAUGUCGACCGCAUCUUCAGCGUCAUCACCAAGUCUGGAGUGAGCUGCCCGACUGUCAUGUGCGACAUUUUCUUCUCCCUCCGUGAGGCUGCUGCCAAGCGCUUCCAAGACGACCUGGACGUGAGGUACACCGCCGUGAGCAGCUUUAUCUUCCUGAGAUUCUUUGCACCCGCCAUCCUCUCCCCCAACCUCUUCCAGCUCACGCCUCACCACACGGACCCGCAGACAUCUAGGACCCUGACGCUUAUCUCAAAGACUAUCCAGACUCUUGGCAGCUUAUCGAAGUCAAAGUCUGCCAGUUUUAAGGAGACAUACAUGGCUACAUUUUAUGAAUUCUUCAAUGAGCAGAAAUAUGCUGAUGCAGUGAAAAACUUCUUAGAUUUGAUUUCGUCUUCUGGGAGAAGAGACCCCAAGAGCAUAGAGCAACCCAUCCUGCUGAAAGAAGGGUUCAUGAUUAAGAGGGCGCAGGGCAGAAAGCGCUUCGGGAUGAAGAACUUCAAGAAGAGGUGGUUCCGCCUGACGAACCACGAGUUUACCUACCAGAAGGGCAAAGGAGACCAGCCUCUCUACAGCAUUCCCAUCGAGAACAUUCUGGCAGUGGAAAAACUGGAGGAGGAGUCCUUCAAAAUGAAAAAUAUGUUUCAGGUCAUCCAGCCAGAACGCGCUCUGUACAUCCAGGCCAACAACUGUGUGGAGGCCAAGGACUGGAUCGAUGUCCUCACCAAAGUGAGCCAGUGCAACCAGAAGCGCCUCGCUGUCUACCACCCGUCUGCCUACCUGAAUGGCCACUGGCUGUGCUGCAGGGCCUCCUCGGACACAGCCCCAGGCUGCUCCCCCUGCACCGGCGGCCUCCCGGCAAACAUCCAGCUGGACAUUGAUGGGGACCGUGAGACGGAGCGCAUCUACUCCCUCUUCAGCCUGUACAUGGGCAAGCUGGAGAAGAUGCAAGAGGCCUGUGGGAGCAAGUCCGUGUACGAUGGCCCCGAGCAGGAGGAGUACUCCACCUUCUUCAUUGAUGACCCCCAGGAGACCUACAAGACACUGAAGCAGAUCAUCGCUGGGGUGGCAGCUCUGGAGCAGGAGCACGCCCAGUAUAAGAGGGACAAGUUCAAGAAAACGAGAUAUGGCAGCCAGGAGCACCCCAUCGGGGACAAGAGUUUCCAGAACUACAUCAGACAGCAGUCGGAGGUCUCCCCUCAUUCCAUUUGACGUCUGAGAGAGACGAGAACAGGGGCGCACGUGACAGGCACCGACAUUUCAUCUGCACGCUCCAGCCAGGGGCGCGCUAAGACUUGCGGAGACUGCGCUGCUUCCCUGUCCAGGAGCCACUGCCGCGGUCCUUGUGCACUUUGCUCUCUGCCACUGGCAGGUGACCCAACUCACAUUUUGGGGACGUAGAAUCGUUUGUCUUUGUAUUGGCUUUGGUUUUGUGAGGAUUGUCAUCAGGCAAACACUUGUACCAUAACCACACGUUGGCCCUCGUCGGGGCACCACGGCCCUGUCCAGUCCACGGCAAGGUGCUGCUUCCGUCUCCCGGGCAUUCUGCCCCGCUGGUCUCCGUGGCCCUGUGCCUGUGUAGCCUCUGGGCCUGCCUUGGACGUUCUGCUUUAUCCCGCUUGGGACGUUAAGAGUGUUAUUUGUUUCUUACGAGCCUGCUGUACGGUGCCGAGGGGCAGACAGUCUCCCUGUUCAGCUUUAGCUGUUGGUUUUGUGCCUGGCUGGAGGGUCGGUUUUGUGGCUGGGAUGUGCAGAACUCACAGAAAUCCCAGUGUGAAGAUGCUCCUGGUGUUUUGGGAUGCGGGGCCGCUUCUGCGGGUUGCUGGCAGGGAAGGGCGGCUUCCAGCAUUCUCUGGAUGUCCACUGAACCCCCAGUUCAAGCACAAGUUGUUUUACUGUGAAAUGGGGUUUAAAACUAGAACCCACAUGUUUGCCACUCCUUGUGAAAGUUUGGGAACGAUUUAAAAAAUGUAAAUGUGUAUUUUCCAAGCUUUUUUAAUGUUUUUAAAGGACUGUUUUUAAUUAGCUCUUUGAUAUAAACUCAGAACCUAUACCCGGGAAAGGGGAGGAAGCCGCAGUAGGACAAAUAAAAAGGGAACGCUGCGUUUCUCAAGAAGGCCACUAGAGGUCCCCAAGACAAAGCUGAAGCAGCAGACACCGUGAGUCCAGGUGUGGACGUCCCGCGGGUGUGAGUGGCUUCUCUCCUGCAUCUCAGUGAACCCCCAGAAGCUGUGCAGGGUGGUGGCCGGGGCUGCUUUUUUAUUGGGGUGGGGAGGAUCCUACAGGCGGGGGCAAGCAGACCUCGUCAGCCUGACCUCGCACUGUCUGCCGGGGAAGCUUGUCCCAGACCGUGUCCUCCUGGGCUGCCGGCGGCAUGUCCAGGGAGCACGAAUCCAGCACACGGCUCACUGUGUUCUUAUACCAGUUUCUCUCUGUUCUUGUUUGGAAAUACUGUACUUCAGACUCUUAAUCUAGAUGGCAGAUAGUAACAUUAUUUGUUGUCACAAAAAUAGUAGAGAAAAAUGUAAAAAAUAAACUUUGGGACACACAGCUCUCAGGCUGCACAGAAAUGCAGUUUUUAACAUGGGUUUGUAACUUAAUGUUUCUGUUUAUAAAUUACUAAUGAAUUGCGAUGUAUUUUACUGGCCAAUUAAAACAGAUGUUUUAUUCUUU